AUACACACGCACACACACACACACACGCACACAGAAGCUCCUUUUUCUUUUUUUUUUUCUUUUUUUUUUUUUUUUUUUAAUUAUAAUGGCUGACGAAUAAAACUAACGUGAGCGCCUUGCGUGUUUCGAGGACAAAGAGCGCGGCGACUCGGUCAUGGAGGACUUCAACAACGUCGCUGUGCUCAUCGCCGCCGCCGCCGCCUCCUCUUCUUCGUCUCCGCCUUUGUCUGAACCCCACAAGCAGCAGCACACCCUGGACACCCCCAGUCGCAAACCAGACGCCGACUCUCUCAUCCAGGUCAUCGAGAAGCUGAGUAAAAUUGUGGAGAAGCGACCCCAGCGUCACUGCACUCUGACGGGACACAAGAGGGUCCAGCCAAGAGCGGGAGGAGGUUCUCCCUACCAGAAGCUGAGUGUGGAGCAUGUGGAUGGCGACCUGAACAACAACGGUGGCGAACGCAAGCGCGCGGUAACGUGCUACCAAUGCAGCCUGUGCCCGUACCUGUCGCCCAAGCUGGCACUGCUCAAGGAGCACCUGAAGCAGCACAACGAGCACAACCAGGACUUGAUCCUCAUGUGCUCAGAGUGUCGCUUCAGCUCCCGAGACCAAGCGCGGCUGGAGGAGCACGUCAGGAUGCACCUGGACAACAGUGCAGAUGCCAAGGGGGGCGAGGACGGACCCAGCAGGGACGCCGACCUGGUGGGCUCAGAGCGCGAGGGCGACAUUGAGCAGCAUCAGCAGAAGAAGAAAAAGAAGUGGUAUGUUUACGAGGAGUACGGCCUGUACCGCUGCCUGAUCUGCAGCUACGUGUGCAGCCAACAGCGUAUGCUCAAGACGCAUGCCUGGAAGCACGCCGGCCUCCUCGACUGCUCCUACCCCGUUUUCGAAGAGGAGGAGGAGAAAGCAACCUCAGUAGUUGUGGCAGAGCCCGCCAGCCGAGAGGCAGAGUCCCAGACCAUCUCCGCCGCCUUCAAGCUGUGCGCGCCGCUUCCAGACCACGAAUCAAGUCCGCCCCGCGUCGCCAAAGAAGAACAGAGCGAGUUCGACGUCAAGGAGCUGAGCCCCGAGGAGUCUGCGAUGGAGGUGCACGUCACUGCGGAGGUUGACGCGGAGGCGCCGUCUGUGGCCGACAGCCUGCUGACGUCGGCGCAGAAGAUCAUCAACAGCGACCCCAACAGCGCGGGUCACAUCAACGUGAUCGUCGAGCGUCUGCCCUCCGCCGAAGAUGGCGUCAUGGCCCCCGCACCAAUGCUGCUCGACCCGGAAGUGGACGCCGGCCAGAGCUUAUUGGACGUCAAAGAGGAGGAGCAAGGGCGAAGCGGCGACUCUCCUCGAGACGAGAACGUACCGCCGGCAGGACGCAAGAGGACUCACUCGGAGUCUCUCCGCCUUCACUCAUUGGCUGCCGAGGUCCUGGUCGCCAUGCCCAUGAGGACCCCUGAGCUCAAACUGGAGGCGGCGUCCAUGGUGGAGCAUCACAGAAACGUGGACGAGGGCCCGGAAUUCCUGCUCAAGUAUGGAAAGAACCCCGAGGGCCCUGCCGCCGCCAACGCCGGCAUCAGCUCAUCCCUGCUAACCGUCAUCGAGCGUCUCCGCGAGCGUUCGGACCAGAAUGCCUCGGACGAGGACAUCCUCAAGGAGCUGCAGGACAACGCCAACGCCGUCCCGGAGGACCCGGGGGCGCCGUCCGACGGGGGUCUGGUGGACUUUGUGGCCGGCAGCGAGCGGCCGUACCGCUGCCGGCUGUGUCGCUACAGCAGCGGCAACAAGGGCUACAUCAAGCAGCACCUACGGGUGCACCGUCAGAGGCAGCCGUACCAGUGUCCCAUCUGCGAGCACAUCGCCACGGACAGCAAGGACCUGGAGACCCAUAUGAUCCACCAUUGCAAGACCAGGAUGUACCAGUGCAAGAUGUGCGCACACGCCUUCCACUACAAGAGUCAAUUAAGAAGUCACGAGCGGGAGCAUCACAGCUUCGGCGACGUGGACGCGCCAGCGCUCGCGGCUGUGGAUGAAACGGCGUCCGCGGCGGAGGAAGCCGAUCGCGACACUGAUGAAGGUGGUGUCCUUCCGAAGACAUUCAAGUGCGAUGUGUGCGACUACACCAGUGCGACGUACGUGGGCGUCAGGAACCACAGACGCAUUCACAACUCAGACAAACCUUACCGGUGCUGCAACUGUGACUUUGCCACCACCAAUAUGAACAGCUUAAAGAGUCACAUGAGGAAACACCCUCAGGAGCACCAGGCUGUGCAGCUUCUCGAGCAGUACAGGUGCUCGCUGUGCGGCUACGUGUGCAGCCACCCGCCGUCACUCAAGUCGCACAUGUGGAAGCACGCCGGAGACCAGAACUACAACUACGAGCAGGUCAACAAGGCCAUCAACGAGGCCAUCUCGCAGAGCAGCAGGCAAGUGUCAGUCAGUCUUUUACUUGUUCAGAGCUCCUGUGAAGGCGUCUACGGGGCCGGAGUCUCUGACGGCAUCCUCGCAGGACACCACCAAGGUCCCGGCAGAACAACCUCUGGAACCCCCGGUUGUGCUCCCCAAAUCCAGCCCGGACCCCUCGUCCCCCCAAAGAAGUUCACCGUCACCUGUCCAGGUCCAAGUCCCGCCCCAGCCGCCCGGUGGCGGUGUGGAGUACUGCGUGCUGCUCUUCUGCUGCUGCAUCUGUGGCCUGGAGUCACCGAGCAAGGAACGACUGAUGGAGCACAUGAAGGAGCACGAGGGAGACCUCAUCAGCAUCAUACUCAACAACAAGGAUUCGCACGCAUACACGCAGGCAGCGCAGAUCAGGGUUUUCAAAUAAACCUCUUAAGUGAAUGUCAACGUGGGGACGACAACGAGGAAAUGACUAAAAUGAGGCAAAAGUAUUGACUCAUAAGCUCUUUUAAGGCAGCUUUUCCAUUCUUCAGCUUAAUCCCCACAUUCUGCUGCUCCGUGGAUGCUAAUUUAUGUGCGACGGAAAGCAAUUGAAGCUAAAAUGUCCCAAAACAAGUGAAUGUAACGUUAAAUGUUCCCUUGGACAACAAUUCUGUGUACGCUCAACUUUUGUGACAUCACUACCAUCUCCCAAUAGCUCGGUGAUCAGAUUUAUUUCCUGUACAUGUCACUUGUUGUCGGGCAGAAUGCGCACAGCGUACGUCAUAGAAAGUACAGGAAGAUUGGCAGAAAUGAUAAAAAAACUGAACACUCAGGACAUUAUAGGGACACAUUUAAUGUAAAGAUUGAGGGAGCGCUCAUAUUCCUAGAUAUGUUUGUACUGGCAUUUGUUGCUAGGCAGAAUUUGUGGGGCACAGCGCUUCGUGCCUCAUCAUGUAGCAGAGAAAGGGAGAGGCGAUAGGAACAUUUACAGACGAGAUUAAAUGAACGCUAAGAGCAUGUUUCGUAUUCUAAUCAGUAUUUUAUAUUUUAUAUAUAUAAUACAUCAGACCAUAGAAAUGUCGUCUUCUCUGUUAUUACUAUUGUUAUAUAUUAUUAGCUUGACUCUACCAUGACUUCUGAGUGGGUAGUGAGCCUGAAUUACCGAGAGACGUUUUCACUUGUUGCUAGGCAGAAUUCGUUGGGGCAGAGCCCUUUGUGCCCCACCACAUUGUAGAGAUGGGCCAAGGAGAGUCGGCAUGCACAGACGCUAAGGAGAUGGACAGCAAACAGCGCUAUAAAGCAGUCCUGACUCUGGAUUGUGUAAAAUAAAAUAAAAAUAAAAAUAGACCAAAAAAAAAAAAA